AUGGCUACUACUGACAUUAGCGAUGGGCGCAUUCAGAAGAUGGAAGUGGAUUAUACUGCCACUGUCGAUGAGAAAAUUCCCCUGUGUGAAACUCUUGCUAAGCAAGGAAAGCUAACUGAAGCUAUUGAUGGACUUAUGUCACUGGAAAAACAGACUAGAACGUCUGCUGAUACCCAUUCUACUGGCCGUAUUCUGGUGGCCAUUGUGAGGCUGUGCUUUGAAUCAAAGAACUGGGAUGCUCUCAAUGAAAAUAUUGUUCUCUUGACCAAGAAGAGAGGUCAGAUUAAGCAGGCUGUGACGAAGAUGAUUCAGGAGGUUUGCACCUAUGUGGACAAAACACCAAACAAGGAAGUGAAGUUAAAGCUUAUUGACACACUCCGAUCUGUUACAGCUGGCAAGAUUUAUGUUGAGAUUGAAAGAGCCAGGCUAACUCGCACCUUGGCCAAGAUUCGUGAGGAGGAAGGAGAUAUUGCAACAGCUGCAAGUGUUCUGCAGGAACUUCAGGUUGAAACAUUUGGAUCGAUGGACAGAAAAGAGAAAGUGGAGUUCAUCCUGGAACAGAUGCGCUUGUGUCUGGCCAAGAAGGAUUACAUUCGCACACAGAUCAUCAGCAAGAAAGUCAGCAUUAAGUUCUUUGAGGAGCCGGAGACUGUUGAUCUGAAACUGAAGUUCUAUCAGCUGAUGAUUGAGUUGGACCAGCAUGAGAGUUCCUACUUGGCAAUCUGCAAGCAUUACCUGGCCAUCUAUAACACAGAGCAAAUACAGAAGGAUAAAAACAAAAUGAAAGAUGCUCUGCGUUGUGUUGUUCUAUAUCUUGUGCUGGCACCGUUUGAUAAUGAGCAGUCUGACCUUCUUCACCGGGUGUCACUAGAUAAGAAUCUAGAGGAGAUUCCUUUUUAUCAAAAGUUCUUGAAAAACUUUACCACAAAUGAAAUCAUCAACUGGAGCCAGCUGUGUAAGGAAUAUGAAAAGGGCUUGAAAGACGCAACAACUUCUGUGUUUGCCACAGGAAACAAGAUAGAAGGGGGAGAUAAACGAUGGGCGGACCUGAAGAACAGAGUUGUGGAACAUAACAUUCGAGUCAUGGCCAAGUACUACACCCGGCUUAAAAUGAAGAGAAUGGCAGAUUUGCUUGAUUUGUCAGAAAAUGACACGGAGGAGUUCCUGUCGAACCUUGUGGUCAACAAAACUGUCCAAGCCAAGAUUGACCGUCUGGCCGGAGUGGUUUGCUUUAGCCAGCACAAGGACCCCAACUCAGUUUUGAACACCUGGUCAUCUCGGGUGUCUGAUCUGAUGCACCUGAUCCAUAAAACCAACCACCUGAUCAACAAAGAAAACAUGGUCAACAGGCUGGGGCCAGCAGAGCUGAAAUUGUAG